AUGUCUCGUCUUCGCAGUAUGAAAAGCAUGCUUGAUACGAAAGCUCCUAGGCAUUAUUAGCAUCUUUAAAAUGGCACAAAUGCAAAGACGAAAUAAUUGAUGUCAAAAUACAUGGAAAUGCAAAACGAGAAUAGAGUGCUUCUUAAAAAGAUGUUGCAUAUAGAUACCAAGCCUAGCAACUUGAAUCCAUAGAGGAUAGUUAUUAAGCAAGCUCCCUCAUCUCAGUCCCUGAAUCGGAUCUCAAGAUUGAAGGAACUUAUAAGAGUCAACUAAGAAAAUAAAGAAUUAUUACGGAGACUACAAACAGCUUCAUCCACUUAUGACAAAGGCAGAUGGGAUAAGGAUUUCGAUCACAACACUUACUUUAUGGACAUGAUAAGAAAAAACUCAAGUCGUUAUAUAAAGCAUCCUUAUUUUAUUCAAACACCUACAAUGAACAUGUUUAGUAGUUAAAGUUAGCAUGAAUUCUAUCAGUCAAACUUAUCUGGAAGGACGAUGUCGGCUCAGCCUGUAUCUAGGCUUAAACUGACUCAGUCGGCGCAAGGUUUAAGAUCAAGUUAAUAAAGAGAAGAAUCAGAUGGCUCUAAAACACUCCAACCUAUAUAAGAAGGGCUGUAGGUUAAUCUUGAACAGCUUUAGAAAUAGCGAGAAAGUCUAAAUAGUAGACAAUAAAAUCAGAGACCUAAGAUCUUUAGUCCAGGCAGCCAACUCCAGCCAACAUCAUCAUAGUAAGAUUUUAGACCAAUGACAGCUCCGAAUGCUCUGAAUAAUAGACAGAGUAAAGGUAAAUCACAGAGGAAGAUAAUUGGCUAGAAUUAGAAUGAGAGGAAAAACAGACUGAUCUUUGAGGAGGCUACUACUCAAGCCAAGAACGCUCAAGACUUUGAAACUAAAAGUAUGUCUGGUGUAGAGCCUAGUUAAUCCGAUAAAGCGAUUGAUAGAGACUUAAGUGAAAAUAAUGGGGCAGCUGUGUCUGAUAUUAAUAAAUCUAAAGAUAACAAUAACAACUAUUCCUCGAAGUAUGAUUAAUAAGAAGAGGAAGAAGGAAUCCCUGUCAGCUAGGAAGUGCUAUAAAUGUAGCAAUAGCUGUAAUAAAGACCAGAAACCAGAGGUGGACUAUAAUGA